AUGCCUCGAACUAGCACCUCCAAAGCCACUCCUAAGGCCACUGCUACCAAGGCAUCCGCCAAAGCCCGGCCAGCACAGGUCCACCCUCCUUUCGUUGAUAUGAUUGUGGAAUGUAUCGUUGCCCAUCGGGAUGAUUCCCGUGCAGGUGUAUCUCGCCCAAUGAUCAAGAAAUUCCUUGAGGAUAAGUAUAAGAUUGACAUUACGCCGUCUCACAUCACCAAUAUCAACCGGGCCAUUGCCCGUGGCGCCGAGACAAAUGUCUUCACUCUCCCCAAGGGACCCUCGGGUAAAGUGAGGCUUGCGCCCAAGAAGUCCACGGUCGAGGGCAAGGAGAAUCAUCCACCGGCAAAAAAGACUGCUGUUGCGACCAAGAAGGCCAGCACAUCUACCUCCAGCAAGAAACCAGUACCAGCCAAGGCACAAACAUCUAAAAAAGCCACAUCUACUACAAAGCCUAAGGCUAAACCUACUACUACGAAGUCGAGCUCUGCAAGAGCCAAAUCUUCCGGCACCGCCAAGUCAGCUCGCACAAAGGCUCCUGUGAAAGCUCCCGCAAAGGCUUCUGCAAAAGCAGCAACCACCAAAGCCGCUCCAGCCAAACCAGCUGCUGCCAAGAAGGCGAGCACCACUAAGAAAGCAGCUGUGACGAAGAAAACACCCACUCCCAAACCCGCAGCCAAACCCAAGAAGACUACUUCGUCCACCACUACUGCGGCCAAGGCUAAAGCCAGCGGAACGACUAGCAGUCGAUCGGGACGCUCUACUAGGGGUACCACCACAUCUUCACGAGGAACUAAGCGUGUAUGUUUUGUUAUUGCUUACUAUCUGGUUCUUGACGUCCCAGCUCAAUGUGAUAAUGGGGGCGAUGACAUUCGGGAAGCCGGCACAGAGGGGGCACGCAUAGUGUCUGUAGAAGCAGUGGGAGAGAUCUUGGAUAUACUCAAGUCUUACGGGUAUCAUGAGAUCGAUACUGCCCGAGUAUACACAAACGGGACCUCUGAGGAGCUCCUGGGCGAAGCGGACUGGAAAAAACGAGGUUUGGUAGUGGAAACUAAACUUUACCCUUCUGGACCAAUCAAGCACACCCCCGAGGGGAUACGAGAAUACUUGGGCAAGUCGCUAGAUGCACUCAAGACGGACAGUAUCGAACUCUUCUAUCUGCAUGCACCGGAUCGCUCUACUCCCUUUGAGGUAACUUUCAAAGCGGUGGAUGAGUUGCACAAAGAAGGCAAGUUUGCCAAGGAUAUGAACGUCCAGCCUGAAGCAGGGUCCCGUUUCGACCCCAACAGACCUGAUGGACAAUCCAAGAACUACAGGGCUCGUUACUGGAGCGAGACCCAUUUUCGAGCGCUGAGCAUUAUCGAAAAGGCCACUAAGGAACAUCAGCUCACUAUUGCAGAAUGCGCUCUGAGGUGGAUCAAUCACCAUUCACUGCUGAAAGCUGGAUAUGGCGAUGCGAUCAUUAUCGGUGCGAGCAGCAAGGACCAUGUAGAAUCCAACUUGGGGGACCUGGAAAAAGGGCCUUUGCCAGCGCCUGUGGUUGAGGCACUAGAUGAGGCGUGGGAGGUCCUACGGGCGUCGGUCCGCAAGUACUGGCACUAG